CGGUCAAAAUAAUGAGCAUUUACGUGGUUGUCUUGAUAAUUUUCUCCUAUUUAGUGUGUGUAAAAUGUAUUUACCGUCGACGCAGGUGGAGCUUGGUGAAAUCGCUGCAGCGUCUCAUGAAUGUUUCAUCUGACAAAGAGAUUAGCGGCGAUGAUAUCAGAGCUUUGAUUGUAACAGCGCAUCCGGACGAUGAGUGUAUGUUCUUCGCGCCAACGCUCGUGAGACUGGUGGAAUUAAAGGCCACCGUGCACGUGCUGUGUCUGUCUGAAGGAAACUACUACAAUCAAGGAGCUCUGCGAAAACAAGAACUUGUCAACAGCUGUACUGUGUUGGGAAUACCAGAAUCCAGGAUCACCAUAAUGGAUCAUAAAAAACUCCCGGAUGACCCAAAAGCAGAAUGGAGCAUCUCCUUGGUUUCCUCUGCUAUUGUGAAGCACAUCAGAGCUCACUCCUUCAACAUGGUGCUGACCUUCGAUGGGAGAGGAGUGAGCGGCCACGCCAAUCACACAGCCAUCCAUAAAGCUGUCAGUCAUCUUGCGUCCACUGGACAAGUCCCCGACGACUGCUGUCUGCUGUCCCUGGUGACCGUUGGCCUCCUCAGGAAGUACAUCUCUUUCCUGGAUCUUCCCCUCAGCUGGCUGCUGCCCUCAAGCCUCUGCUUCAUUAUAGGCUCACAGGGGUACAAGCAAGCCAAAGCUGCCAUGCUGUGCCAUCGCACUCAGCUCCUGUGGUUCCGUUACCUCUACAUCACUUUCUCCCGGUACAUGUUAAUAAACACGUUCCGAGUGAUCCCGCAGGGACCGAAGAACUUGAAGAUCUAUUGAGAGCCCAGCGUGUCCUCAUGCACUGAUUGUUCCAUUCAGAGGACUUCCUGUUCUCAUGUA